AUGCUGAGAUCUAUCUUGCUGGGGGGGGCCCCGAGGGGCCCCUGGGGCCCCCCUCGGCACUCUCUUUUGCGUUUGGCCCCCUGGGGGCCCCUGGCCCUGAAGUAUGAGGGGGCCCCUCUUGGAUUUGGGUCUUUUUUUGCAUCAGGGGGCCCUUCGGGGGCCCCCCUGGCCUGCGCUGUGGGGAGGGGGGAGGGCCAGGUGAGGCAGGUGACCGCGGAAGCAGCAGCAGCAGCAGCAGCAGCAGCAGCAGCGGCAGCGCCAAAGUUUGCAUGCAGUGCGGCUGCGCAAAAGGGGAACAGUUCAAAAGAAACAAAAAGGACUUUUGGAAAUCCGGAAGAGGCAAUGAGGCCUUUAGACCUCGACGCGCUUAGAGGCGACGUUGAGGAAUACCUUAUCUCAAACAGCAGCAGCAGCAGCACCAGCAGCAGCAGCAGCAGCAGCAGCGGCAGCAGAAAGAUGCUGGCAGCUGAACGCCUGCUCGGACAUUUGCCUUUGUUGAGCCCUGCACGGCUGCAGCAGCUGCCUGCUGCUGACCUGCUGCUGCUGCUGCGCGUGUACAGUCGGCUGCUGACAGCCUCUGCACCAGUCGAAGCACCAGCAGCAGCAGCAGCAGCAGCAGCAGCAGCAGCAGCAGCAGCCCACGCUGCAGGCAGCAGCAGCUCCACAGCUUGGCAGCAGAGAGCUGCAGCCCAUAUAACUGCCCUCCGUCUCUUUCUUAAGAAUGGGUCUCUCGCCAUAGUCGAGCGCCCCCUUGAUUUCCUCCUGCCUCAACAGCUAAUCCCUGUUUUGGCCGUCGCUGCCUCCAUCCCUCCCGCCUGCGCCCCCCUAGAGUUUUGGCGCUGUCUGCUGCGGCGCUGCGUCGAGGCUGCCCGUUUGCUGCCUUCUGCUGCUGCAGCAAGGCUGCUGCUGGGCCUGGCCUACCUGCCGCGGCUGCCAGACGAAGCGGGCCUUAGCCGCGCUGCUUCUGCAGUCUGCAGCCGCGUGGCGGAGGGGGCGGAGUGCCUGGCCCGCCGCGAGGCUUUGCUGCAUGCGCUGGAGGCGCUGCGGCUGCUGCAGCAGCAGCACCUUCCUUUGCUGACGGAAAUAGCGCGCGCCUUGCAGCGCCGCUUCGCCAUUCGGGACCCUCCGGGGGGCCCCCUUCCUGGGGGCCCCCCUCUUGAGGGCCCUUUUUUGGGGGAGCUCCCUCCAGGGAGGCCCCCUUCUCGGGGGCCCUCAUCUGGGGGCCCCCCUCUUGGGGGGCCCCCUGCUGGGGGCCCCCUUUCGGGCGGGGCGAGAGGGGGGCCCCCCAGGGCGGCGUUUGGGGGCCGGGAGGCGGCGAAGGACACGGAAGUAGCAGUUGCUGCUCUUUGUUGCUUUGCUGCUGUUGAAGCUGCGGCUUUUCAGCCUCUGUUUAGGGGCCUCGGGGACUGGCUGAAGGAGCACCUGCAACAUUUGGGCCUAGAGGAAACAGCUCAAGUCCUUUCUGCCCUAGGCGCCCUCAGCUGCUACCCGGAGGGCCUCAUUGCGGGGCUGCUCCCGCAGGCUGUCACCUUGCUUACAGCGCAGCAGGCCGUGUUUUCAAGCAGUCAGGAGGGCCCCUGUGCUGCAGCAGCAGCAGCACAGCCCGAUGCGGCAGCAGCACCGCAAGCCGCGGCACAGCCAGCUGCAGCAGCAGCCCCGCAGCCAGCCGCAGCAGCAGCAGCACAGCCAGCUGCGCCACCAGCACCCGGAGGAGCCGCUGGAGCAGCCCCUGCAGCAGCAGCAGCUGCAGCAGCAGCACCCGCAGCAGCUGCUGCAGCGGCGAAGCAAGCGCUGCGCAUCUUGCGGGCCCUGGGGCAGCUGCAGAAACGAGAUGCUGCAGCACUGAGGGCUGUGGUUUCUCUCCUUGAGUGCGCAUCUGCAAAGCAGCUGCUUUCUCCUAAAGACUGCGUCGCAGCUCUUUACUGCUGCUACCGCCUCGACCUCUGGCACCCUGGCCUCUGCAGCGGCCUCCUCAGCCGCCUCCGCGCAAACCCCCGCUGUAAGAAGUGUUCCCAGCAGCAGCAGCAGCAGCAGCAGAAGCAGCAGCAGCAAAAGCAGCAACAGCAGAUCCUGAGGCGGCAGUAG